AUGGGGGCAACAACGCAGGAACGUGCUGAUCUUUCGAUGCCCGUGGAUAUUGACCUUUCGAACCAUCACACAGGCGGCACGACAGCCUGUCAGGAACGCACCGAGUCCCUCAUGACCGAGGACGACAUUGGCCACAUCCUCUUUGACAUUGUGCCCCAGUACCUGAUGAUCAAGUAUCAAGCGAUGCAUUGGCAAACCCAGCAGGAGCUGAUGCUUCGUGAACUUUCCGAACUUUGUGUCGGAGUCAUGGGAUAUGAAGGACAUCUGUCGAGCCAGAACUUGCAGACUGAAAUGGCGAAAGUUGACAGCAGUGGGACAACAACGACAACAGCCUUCACGCCAGCGUCAGCAACAAGCAGAUGCAGCACUUUAACAACCGCGCGGACCCGUCCCAGCACCUGCAACAACAUCAUCGUCAUCAACAACAACAGCACCGUCAACUACGAACAAAACGACGACGUCCAUCACUGA